AGGACAGCUCCGUGCGGGCCGGCACGCGCGGCGGCCGAUGCCCGCUGCCGCGGCGCACGUAGGCUCCGCUUAAAGGGGCCUCGCGGCCGGACCGGGACCGGCAGAGCCGGGACAGAGGAGGGGAGCGGCCGCGGCCCCGGGGCAGUGCUGUCGUCACGUCUGCGGGGAUCUGGCACUCCUUGGCGCUGCCGACCGGGUGCGGAGCGCGCGGUCCCGGCGGGAGGGAGCCGGUGCCCUUUUAAGAGGCGGGCGCCCGGUGCCGGUGGUUUUAUUUACAUGGGGGCUCGCGGGUGUCACGUGACUGGCAGAGCGGCGGGGGCUGCGCCCGGUGGCACCCGCGGGGCCAUGGCGGGCGGCGACGACGGCUCCUGGGUGGAGCUGUGGUGUGGCCCAGGAUGUCCCGAGCCCGUGCCCUCGCGCUUCUCCUGCCACGCUGAUGUGGAGCAGAUGCUGCUGGAGGCCCAGCUGGAGACAGAGAGCACCGAGGGGGCCCUGCUGGCACUGAGCUCCCCUGCCUGGGAUGAGGAUGGAGCCGGUUUGGCAUGUGAGCAGCCUGGGGAGAGCAAGCUGCUCCCUACACACAGCCAGCCCCAGCUGGGCUGUCCCCCACCCUGCCAGCGGCAUGUGUCAGAGGAAACCCAGUGGAGGGAGCGGCGCCUGACAGCAUCCCUGGGCUGGGCCCGCACCUGCCGCCCUCGGCAUCUGUCUCCAAAGGAGUUUGCCUUUGUGUGCUCCCCCCAGCCAGUGCUGUGGAGCCUGCAGGGAGGUGCAGUGGGGAGAAAGAAGAGACUUUUCAGUUCAGAGCUGCUGCUGCUCUUCAUUCCCUCGCUGCUGCUCAGCCACCUGCUGACCCUGGGACUGGGGAUCUAUAUCGGGAAGCGGCUGGCAGCCUCCUCAGCAAACUCGCUGUGAAGACCUGGGCUCAGUGAGACAGCAGCUCCUUUGCUCAGCCCAGGCACCAGGGUGGCCCCUCGGGUCUCAGACUUCGUGUUUGUGGCACAAGGUGCCAUCUGCCCCUGUCCCUCCUUUGUCUCCAGCUGAGGAAACUGAUCCCACCUUCCCAUCAAGACCCGACUGACAAUGGCAGCCCCUGCCCUCCCCAUCCCUUGGUUGUGGGCCCAGGUUCCUCCUCUUUAACACGAGACUGUAAAAAGGGCUCUGAGCCUGCAAUACCACAUGUGAAUAAACAGCCCUUUGCCAGCUCA